AUGGAUAAUGGUGGGCAGUUUGAUAAUGGGCGGUAUAAAGGGACACCACCUUCUAUGUGGAAUAUAAUGCCUCAGCAUCAGAUAAAAGAGCAACAUAACGCCCUCGUCAUGAAUAAGAAGAUCAUGUCCAUCCUUGCCGAGCGCGACGCUGCUCUCAAGGAAAGAAACGAAGCCUUAGCUGCCAAGAAAGAAGCUUUAACCGCUCGAGACGACGCACUUCAGCAACGUGACAAAGCUCUCUCCGAAAGAGACAAUGCUAUCAUGGAGAGGGAAACUGCUUUAAACGCUCUUCAAUACCCUGAUAACAACUUAAACCACAUUCUUCCAUGUGCAAAGCGUGUUGUAACCGAAAGAAGAAGCCAUCUACCAAACCCUUCCCCUAUAUCAACUAUUCCCGCCAACAAGAAACCGACCACCAAAAGGAAAAAAGAGAGCAGAAAAGAUCUGAACCUUCUGGCUGCUUCCCCUGGAAAGAAAUGCAGAAAAGAUUGGGACAGUAACGAAGUCGGUUUAAACCUAAUCACGUUCGAUGAGACUACAAUGCCUGUGCCGAUGUGCACUUGCACAGGGACUGCUCGUCAGUGUUACAAAUGGGGAAGUGGAGGGUGGCAAUCAUCUUGCUGCACAACCACAUUGUCUGAGUAUCCUCUCCCGCAGAUGCCAAACAAGAGGCAUUCGAGGAUGGGUGGUAGGAAGAUGAGUGGGAACGUCUUCUCUAGGUUACUUAGCCGUUUAGCUGGUGAAGGGCAUGACCUUUCCUCUCCUGUUGAUCUCAAGGAUUAUUGGGCUAGGCAUGGCACGAAUCGUUACAUCACUAUCAAGUAACCAAGACUAUUUUAUAUACAAGUAUGUUUCUUCUCUUUAACAGCUAGGUUUCGAAAAAGAGUGAAGCUUAGAGGCUCAUUAUUGUUUUUUAUUAUUGUCCAUAGUUUCCGUAAUGCAAAAAUGUUUAGUAUUUGUCUUUGACUUGGUUUCGUAACUAAUAAGCUUGUUUAGUGAAUGAUUUCAAAUUGCAAAAUAUCUUCACUAAAUCGUAACUGUUUCAGCA